UCCAUUUCUAAACACUCUUCGAUUCGACUUGUUACAGUUAGUAGAAAAUAAAACUUGACUGCUCACUCAGAUCUGUCAAGAUGUUGGUGACAGUUGAACAUCUGUGUUUUAUUUUCAUUUCUGUAAGUUUAUUUGCUUCCUCGCAUGGUUUUGAAGACCAGAAAUCAUUAGCGCCCAAGGAUACAAAUAGAGCAGAGACUAAAGAGAAAUAUAAAGAUGCACGAUUAUUUACUGCUGAAGCUCUUCAAGAACCAAACGCCCAAACUGACCAGUGGAAGGCCAUCAGACGCCGUGGAAGGUACACUCGUAUCCUAACCACGCCUGACAUGUGCAAGGCGUACGUACAAGGGUUGGUAGACUCAGAGGGAGAGUUAGCCUGGGACGAACAUCGCUGCACUGUCCUCACCUUGGUAGUAAAGUGCAAUGCCAAAGUCCGGAUACUCACCAGGAGUGGCCUGGAGGUCCUGGCAGAGGGUGAGGACAAAAAGGAGAUCUUCCUGGAGAUCCUGGUUGACGAAGGGCACAAGAGAACUAUUCCGCUCGAUGGUGUCGCAUCCAGGGAUCUUGCGAUUCUUGUCCAUGUUCAUAAUUUGCAAGAAAAAGGAGUUCGCCCAGAUUUUCAUGUAAAAAGACAAAAAGAAUUAGGUUCUGAUUUCUUCGCUCAGGAUCAACCUUCUAGUGGGUGGUUCCCUGGAUGUGGCUAAGAUACUUUAAGUGCAUCUUUGAAUAUAUUUUGAUAAGAAAAAUUAUAAUAAUCUCAAAAUCCAUUCAUGAAAUAACUGUAAUUUUAAUAUAACUCAAAAAUGUUAAUAAAAGCAAUAUUAACCUGUAACAUA